CGAGUGGAGGGACUGAAGGAAGAUCCUGUUGAAUAUCCUGAACUCAGGAGUCUACAGAAUGUCAGUCCCAGCCCAAAGUGCUACAGGUCCGGGAGCAGGAGAUGCUAAUUUUGGGCCUGGAGGCCCCACACAACCACCCAACACAAGCAGCAACAGGAGGCUGCAGCAAACACAGGCUCAGGUUGAUGAGGUGGUUGACAUCAUGCGGGUGAAUGUGGACAAAGUCCUGGAAAGAGAUCAGAAGCUGUCUGAGCUCGAUGAUCGUGCAGAUGCCCUUCAAGCUGGAGCGUCACAGUUUGAAACCAGCGCUGCCAAGCUGAAGAGGAAGUACUGGUGGAAAAACUGCAAGAUGAUGAUUAUACUCGGAGCAAUAUGUGCAAUCAUUAUCAUCAUUAUCAUUAUUUAUUUCUGCACCUGAAGAGCCGAAGUCCGUCCAAAAAUACAGCCUAGCUUUGUCCUCGUCAGCCACACCUUCUCCAGUGUCAGAUAUUAUUUGUUAACCUCUGCUUAUGCCCAUAGUUGUUUUUAUUUUGCCUGUAAGUUAUCUUUAGUAUUCAACUGGGUGCAUUGAGUGCUGUUAACUAAAUUGUAAUAACGAUUAACCAGCUAAUUACUGCCAAAUAGAUAGGUAGGUUAAUGUCUUACACGUUCCGAGGUAAAACUAGCACAAUGUAUGUACACUGACCUUCAAAUAGUUGGACCAUGUUUCUAAAUAUAACUCCAAGUGACUUUUUUUUCUAAGUUGCCAAGUAGUCUACCGAUAGGCUGUAACAACAUGAAUGCCCAAAGCCUUAACAACCAUCAAAUCAAAACCGCUGAUUUGAGUCGUAUAAUGUAAAAUUACAUUUCUCAAAUUACAGAUCUGAAUAAAGAAUUUUCACACAUUAACAAAACCCAGCAUCCAUUGCCUCCAUUGCUCGGAGGUUUAGACCAAGUCAUAUGAAUGAAGUUUCAAAAGAACGCAGUGUUCUAUUCAGUAUUCAGAGCUUUCUUGCAGCACAAAGUAUAAACGUAAAUGACUGAAGGUUUCAUUGAUUUGAAAAUAAUAAGGAGCAGUUUAGCGAGUCAGUUUUGAGCCCAGUGACCUUACUUGUGUUACAAUAUCCGUCAGCCUCCACAAUAGACCUUAACAUUAUAUUUCAGGGCGGUGACUGCUGGAAGGUGGGUGAUAGUAUUGGGCAGCAGCUGGUGUACCAGUCGGAAUUCACAUCAUCAAAAAUCUGCUCUCACUUUGAAUUCCCAACAAACAAAGCACACAUCAGAUUUAUUUGAUAGAAUACUUACAAUACAACACG